ACCCACCCACCUCGCACUCCUCCAGCCCGCACAAGCCGCCGCCGCCGGAGCGCCGCGCCGCCAUGUUCCGGCGUCUCCUCCGCCGCCUCUCCACCACCGCCGAGAGCGCCGUCACAGACUCCCGCUCCCUAUCCCCAUCCCAGCCGCUGCACGAUGACUUGUACCGCCGCAUCGCGGAUGUUGGGCGCCCAAACCUCCCGCUGUCCCCCGUCCUGGAGCAGUGGGCUCGAGAGGGCCACACCAUCAAGAAGCACGCCAUCCAGGCCAUCGUCAAGAAGCUCGUCGGCCUCCGCCGUUUCGCCCACGCACUCGAGCUGUCAUUCUGGAUGACGGAUCGGAGGCACCUCCAUCUGACGGCCGGUGACGUCGCGUACCGGCUGGAGCUCAUCAACAAGGUGCACGGCCUUGAGAAAGCCGUCGAGUACUUUGGCAUGGUGCCGAAGCAGCUGAUGAAGCCGCAGUGCUACGGCUCCCUCCUUAAAUGUUAUGUGGAGGCAAAGGACGUCAAGAAGGCUGAGCAGCUCUUCACCAAGAUAGAGGAAAUGGGGGUUAAGAGUUCUUAUGCGUACAAUUGGAUGAUGAAUCUUUUCUUGGAGACUGGGCAGCUCGAAAGGGUGCACGCCAUGUUCCAGGACAUGGAAGAGAAAGGCGUCAAGCCCAAUGUGUUCAGUGUGGAGAGCCUAUUAGCUGCGUACAUUGCUGCUGAAGAUUUUGAGGGAGUUCAGAAGGUGCUCAACAAGACCAAUCCACAUGAGAAACUUUUGAGUUGGCAUGGAUAUGCUUCAGCAGGAAGAUUGUUCAUGAAAUAUGGGAUGCAAGAAAGGGCUGCCAUGGCUCUUCUGGAAGCGGAGAGGCGGAUAUCACCCAAUAAUGGUCGGAUUGCAUACAGUUUCUUGCUCAAUACGUAUACUGAUCUGAAGAUGUAUCCUGAAGUUGAACGCAUUUGGAGAGUCUACAAAUCUAAAGUGCCACCUUGCAACUCGAUGUACAUGUCCAGGAUAAGUGCGUUACUCAAGAAGAAUGAUAUUGAUGGGGCUGAAGAAGCAUUGAAAGAGUGCGAAACGGUGUGUGUUUCUUAUAAGGAUUUCAGAGUAAUCAACCUAGUGGUUGAUGCUUACUGCAGAGAAGGUCUUGUAGAGAAGGCAGUAGCUCUUGUGGAUGACGCCAUCAAGAAAGGGAGGACACCUUUGGCUAAUACUUGGUAUAAGUUGGCUGGUGGAUUUUUUAUGACUGGUCAGGUGCUGAAGGCAGUGGACAUGACAAGGAAGGCUCUUGCUUCUGUGAUUCCUCCAUGUACAUGGAAACCUGACCUGGCAAAUGUGCUAAUGAGCCUGAACCAUUUCAUGGAACAAAAGGAUGUAGAAGCAGCUGAGGAGAUGGCGAGUAUGCUACAGAAACUGGUUCCUUUGACUAGGGAUGUUUAUCAUAGUUUACUGAAGACUUAUGUCCUUGCGGGAAAGCCAGUGUCCGACUUGCUUGAGCGUAUGAAGAAAGAUGGCCUUGAGGCUGAUGAGGAAACAGAUAGAAUCCUUGCAGGAGAAUGCGAGUAGAUAUGCUCCGUUAUCCAUCACUUAAUGGCUCUUUUCUCUGUUCUCCUUCAGCCCUUCUCUUCUCAUUAGUUUGACACGUCCACUGCUUACGAUUAAAUAUCACAAUCUUGUUCAUGUCUGUGAUGGCCUCACAAGGCAGUGGUGUGUGAGUGAUCUUCACUGUAUUGAUAGGAUGAGAUGAAUGGAAUGAAACCAUUCAUUUGUUUAACUGAGUUUUGGGGCAUAAUGCUUCAGUUUCCUGUAUUCUAACAAAUAUUUCAAGUCCA